UCUUUUUUCCUUUAAUAUGGAACCGGAGGCCUCCUCUGCAAUUUCUCGAGCACCCAUCUCUCUGCGCUUGCUCUCUUUGUAUCCAUCCGAAGCGUAUUAUCUUUUCCUUUUGGACGAAAAUAUCCUUCUGAGGAAGCAAAAGUCUAUACCUUUUGAUUUUUUUGCAUGCAAGUAUUUAUCUUUGAAUUUUAUUUUGGAUUUUUUUAGUUGAUAAAAUGCUAAUCUGUUUUCAUUUUCUUUCAAGCAGAGAUUUUCUUUUUUUUUUUUUUAAGGUUUUUUGACGUCAUGAGAAGAGGAUACUUUUCUUUUCUGAGGUGAGAAAUUGGGUCUUCAUUUCGAAGAAAUUACGAUCCAGCCUAGUAUUAGUUUAUUUGUUCUUGUUUUUUCAGUUGAUUUUGAUGUGUGUUAGGGUUUUGUCGAAUUUUCAUUUUGAAUGCUGAUUUCAAGCAAUCUAGUGAAUGCUUGAUGUGGGUUUGUUUUGGAUUUAGUGACUAUCAAAUUUGUAAUGGGUUUUGUUAAAAUGCCUUGAAGUUUGAUAAGUGGGGUGAUGUUGGAUCUGAAUUUUAGGCAGUAACUGACAUGCAGUGAAAAAUCUUCCAAACCUGUUUUUGUGAUUGGGUUGCUUGGAUGCUGGGAUUUAGAGAAACUUUCAAUGCUUUGAAUGGAUACUAGGCGCUAGUAGUGCUGCUUUUAUUUGGAGCUGCUGCCUUCUUUUUUUCUUUCCUUUUUUUUUCUUCUGUUCCUCAAAACAAAUAAAGAAAAGGAAAAACGAAUGGCUACUAGUUUUUUACCUAAAAGGUGGGGACCAUGAUUUUAACGAAGCAAUAUCGUUGCAUACACUCGUCAAGCUGUCAAUGCACAAAAGGGCAUCUAAGCGAAGAUGUGAUUUUUUUAGUGUUUCAACAGCUGAACUGGAACCCUAAAUUGGUUGCCACCUUGUCCUGUGUAUGUAAAUGGUUUGAUGAUUUGGCGAGUGCUAUGGAAAGAGUUUUGCGAGCAAGGGCUCCAAAAAUGAUGCUGGACCUGCAAUCUAGUGGAAGUCACAGUGUUGAUGGGAAUUGGAGAGCACUUGGAAAGUUGCUUAUUUACUGCUCAGGAUGUAGCAAGGGUGGCCUGUUCAAUAGCAUUCAUAUACCUGGUCAUUUUGUUUAUAGGACUCGGUUUUCUAGGACUUCAGGGAAGAGCUUUCUUUUGCCACAAUGCAGAACAGAUGUUUUGUAUGUCUCUGACCCUUGUGAACAUCUUGACCAGGGGGAAGAAGGUGAUGUUGGUUUUUUCCGUGGAAUUUUCAAGUCAUUCUCCAUGUCAAAGGUUCGGAAGAUGCUGAUUAAAAGGAGGGCCCAGCUUCAUCCAACAGAGGUGUGCCCUUAUUGCAAGGCAAAGUUGUGGAGCAUGCUGCAAGCCAAAAUGAUACCACAGAGUGCCAGCUGCAGGUUGGGUGCCUAUGAAGAUUGUGUCGAGUAUUAUGUGUGCCUCAAUGGACAUGUGCUUGGAGUCUGCACUCUUUUACCCUUGUCUGAUUCAGAAGAGGCAUCCGAGUUGGAGUGAUAGUUGGCAUAGAAACCAGUUCGCUUUAUUUUUGGCAUGGAUUUUGCUUCUUGUGGAAUUGACAAAUGUGGACGAGACAUGUGAUAGGCUUUUGGAGCUUUGCUGAAGCUGAAACCAUCACAAUCUCAUCUGAAGGAAACUACACUGCUUCCCAGUCAUACGCUGGCUAAAUGUUUCAUAGUGAAUGGAUUGGAGCUUUUUCUGACCAUCUUGUUUUAAUCAUCUAUUAAUUACUGUGAGCAUGUAGUACCGUGUACAUGUUAAGUGUGCGCCCACAUAUAAUUUACAUAUCUGGAUAACAGAUUGGUAUCUGCGAUAAUUCACUAUCUGUUUAUGAUUAAUCAGUUGCUUUACCUUGUUUA